UGUAGUUCCAGGCGGGCGGCGGAGCCAUGUGUGCGGCGCGCAGGGUCUCCUCCAGGCUGCAGCGGAGCAAAGGCGGAGCAGCGAGUGAAAUCCUCAGCACAAAGAGCCAUCAGAGUGAGAGGAAAGUCAGCAUCGCAUAUGAAUUUCCAGAAGGAAAAGGUGUGGAGGAGGCCAAGAAACAGAAAUGGGAGCCCAGGAACUGGGAGCAACAGCUGGCCAAUAUCCGGGAAAUGAGGAAGACGCGGGAUGCCCCCGUUGACCAGAUGGGGGCUGGAAAAUGCUUUGAUGGUGACGCCCCUCCAGAGGUUAUGCGCUACCAGGUUCUGUUGUCACUCAUGCUCUCCAGCCAGACUAAAGAUCAGGUGACUUCAGCAGCCAUGAUGCGCCUGAGGGAGCGUGGCCUCACUGUGGACAACAUCCUAGAGACGGAUGACGUGACUCUGGGGCAGCUCAUUUACCCUGUGGGGUUUUGGAAGAGCAAGGUGAGAUACAUCAAGCAAACCACAGCAAUCCUGAAGCGGGACUACGCUGGAGACAUCCCCAAGACGGUUGCAGGGCUGGUGAAGCUGCCUGGGGUUGGACCCAAGAUGGCCCAUUUAGUGAUGGAUAUUGCCUGGCAGAACAUCUCUGGAAUCGGUGUGGACACACACGUGCACCGGAUAGCCAACAGACUGAAAUGGACCAAGAAGGAAAGUGCGCUUCCCGAAGAGACCAGGCGAGCUCUGGAAGAGUGGCUCCCCAGAGAUCUCUGGAGUGAAAUCAACUGGCUUCUGGUUGGCUUUGGCCAGCAGAUCUGCUUACCUGUGCAUCCACGCUGCAGUGAAUGCCGCAACAAGGGCAUCUGCCCAGCAGCCAGGAAGCGCUGACGGCCGAAACAGCUGCCCUUCCUAUUGGACCAGGUCACCUUACCGAUCUUCCAGCGGGACUCCUAUAAAAGAUUGAACUUGCGGCCCACUCCCAGACUGAAGAUGCUGUCACUGAACUGGCACUUUUUGAGACGGUGGCUUGAGCAAGAGAGGUUUUGACAAUGAAAGGUGAUGGUGCUCCAAGAAUGUGCUGUUCUUGGCCCAGCUAGAACGGGUUCCAGAAGCAGUGUUCCCCCUAACGAGGAGGUGUGUCCCCGGCUAUCCUGGAAGAACAACUCUUAACAAAGGCGCAUGCCUUGUGGAAAGCAGUUUAAUAAAUAGAGGGUUUUUAAACAUAAGGUUUUGUUGGGUCCUUUCAGCAAGGAUGGCGGGAAAG